AUGGGUAUCCGAAAUUCAAAUUUAUGGGAAGCUCGUUUGAAUAUGAUGGAAUUAUCACGAAAACAAUAUCGUGAGAGUUCUAAUAUGCUUGCAAAUGAAAAUGAAACAUUAAGAGAUCAAAUGAGACAAACCGAGAAAGAUACAAUUGAUGUUGUCACAUAUUUGAAAAAACAAGAUAUUGAUAAAGAUUCAGAAAACGAUCGUUUAGAACAAGAAGUUAAAAAUCUUAAAAUGCAACAUCGAAAAGAUAAAGACGAACUGGUAAAUUUGAUUAUAACGGGUGGACCAUAA